AUGAGAAAUAAAUGGCUUUAUUGUGUUUUGUCGCUUGCAUUUAAGAUUGCAUGGGCUGUAGCAGCUAAAAACGGGCGUGGGGAUGAGAACUUGCCUACUCCUAAUAAUCCAGAUACGGGGCAGCCAGAUGAUGAGGAUCCAGGGGAUGUUGUCAAUCCGAGCACUGAAGAGAUAUUCAGAUCAUGGUCACUUUUUAUCCUGUUAUUUCUGUUGAUUUCCGCAUUAUGGUCGAGUUAUUAUCUCUCUCAGAGGAGAAUACGUGCAGUGCAUGAAACUGUACUGUCUAUUUUCUACGGUAUGAUCGCUGGGCUCAUUAUAAGAUUAUCUCCUGGUCACUAUAUUCAAGAUUCGGUAACUUUUAGUUCAUCUUAUUUCUUCAAUGUUCUUUUACCGCCAAUCAUAUUGAAUUCUGGUUAUGAGCUGAACCAAGUGAAUUUUUUCAGCAAUAUAGUGUCAAUUUUGACAUUUGCAAUUCCGGGAACGUUUAUUUCAGCUGUAGUUUUGGGUGUCAUACUAUAUUUAUGGACGGCAUUGGGGCUGGAAUCUACCAAUAUUUCGUUUGUGGAUGCUUUGUCAGUUGGUGCCACAUUGUCGGCUACGGAUCCAGUGACGAUUCUGUCCAUAUUCAAUGCCUACAAGGUUGAUCCUAAACUGUACACCAUUAUAUUCGGUGAGUCGCUUCUAAAUGACGCCAUUUCUAUUGUUAUUUUCGAGACAUGCCAGAAAUUCCAUGGGAGACCAGUAAAAUUUAGCUCAUUCUAUGAAGGUAUUGGGCUAUUUUUAAUGACCUUUACUGUUUCACUUCUUAUUGGUGUGAUGAUUGGUAUUCUAGUGGCGCUAAUUUUGAAGCAUAGCCACAUAAGACGACACCCACAAAUUGAAAGCUGUCUAGUUUUGCUAAUCGCUUACCAAUCGUACUUCUUCUCCAAUGGUUGUCACAUGUCAGGUAUCGUUUCGUUAUUGUUCUGUGGAAUUACAUUGAAGCACUACGCAUACUACAAUAUGUCACGUAGAACACAGAUUACUAUCAAGUAUAUUUUCCAGCUCCUCGGUAGGUUAUCAGAAAACUUUAUCUUUAUUUAUUUAGGCCUAGAAUUGUUCACUGAGGUGGAGUUGAUUUACAAGCCAUUACUGAUAAUUGUUACAGCGAUAUCUAUAUGCAUAGCGCGUUGGUGCGCAGUUUUCCCGCUGUCUAAUUUCGUGAAUUGGUUGUACAGAGUGAGAGUCAUGAGAUCCGUCGGUAUAGCAUCCUCAUCAAUGGCAAUUCCAGAUGAGAUUCCUUAUCAAUACCAAAUGAUGACAUUUUGGGCGGGUUUGCGCGGUGCCGUUGGUGUUGCAUUGGCAAUAGGCAUCCGAGGAGAAUUCAAGUUUACCUUACUAGCUACAGUUCUUGUUGUUGUGGUGCUCACAGUUAUUAUCUUUGGUGGUACUACUGCAGGUAUGCUUGAAAUCCUGAAUAUCAAAACAGGUUGUAUUGAUGAGAUAGACGAAAGUGAUGAUGAGUUUGAUAUAGAAGCACCUCGUCCAGUUCAUUUGUCUUCAUCAACAGAUAUUGCUUACUCUGAUGAUAGUGCCAAUGUUGAAAGUGGCACAUCAGACUUCCCUCCAAUGGUGCAGCCUUUAGGUCGUGAUCUGGGCGGACAAGAUCAAGGCGGGCCACCUAAGAGGUCUGUAGACAGGAAGAACAUCAGGGAGACAUUAAGUAACAUUUUACAAGGUGAUGCGGAAUGGUUUAAUAGAUUUGAUGAGGAAGUCCUAAAACCUGUGUUUUUGGAUAAUCCUUCGUCGUCGCCGUCCGGCUUGAAUGGGCACGGGACGACCAAUAACAAUUUAAGCAAUAGGCGUCAAUAA